CGUUAACAUCCUCAAACACAAAUGGCAUUCGGUGAAUCUGGAGGCCGUGGCGGUUUCGGACGAGGACGAGGCGGAGGAGGAGGAGGGAGGGGAGCUCCUGGUGGACGAGGAGGAGGUCGUGGUGGUGCUCGUGGGGGUGGAGGAUUUGGUGACAGAGGAGGAUUUGGCGACAGAGGAGGACGCGGUGGCGGUCGUGGUGGACCUCGCGGAGGCGGGCGCGGUGCCCCAGGUGGUAGAGGUGCCCGCGGUGGCGGUCGUGGAGGCCGUGGUGGUGGUGGCCGUGGUGGAGCCAAAGGGGGAAGCAACACCGUCUUGGAGCCGCAUAGACACGCUGGGGUGUUCAUCGCCAAGGGGAAAGACCAUAUGCUGGUUACGAAGAAUUUGGUGCCGGGGGAGAGUGUGUAUGGGGAGAAGAGGAUAUCGAUUGAGGGUGGUGUGGAGGGGACGAAGACGGAGUAUAGGGUUUGGAAUCCGUUUAGGAGCAAGUUGGCGGCGGGCGUGCUUGGUGGGUUGGAUGAUAUUUUUAUCAAGCCUGGUGCGAAGGUUUUGUACCUUGGUGCUGCGAGUGGGACGAGUGUGAGCCAUGUUGCGGAUAUCGUUGGUCCUGAAGGUGUGGUGUACGCCGUAGAGUUCUCACCGCGCUCUGGCCGUGAUCUCAUCAACAUGGCGAAGAAGAGGACGAAUGUCAUUCCCAUCGUCGAGGAUGCUCGGCUGCCCAACAAGUACCGCAUGCUCCUGUCACUAGUCGACGUCAUCUUUGCAGAUGUCGCCCAACCCGACCAAGCCCGUAUCGUCAUCCACAACGCAGAAAGUUUCCUCAAAGACCAGGGCCACGUCAUCAUUUCCAUCAAAGCCAGCUGUAUCGACUCAACGGUGCCACCAGAGACACUCUUUGCCGCGGAGGUGCAAAAAUUGAAAGAAAGCCGGUUCAGACCCCUUGAACAGGUCACCCUCGAGCCGUAUGAGCGUGAUCACGCUAUGGUUUCUGCUGUGUAUCAACGGCAUCAAAAGUAGACCAGAGUUGGGUUUGCGACGUUCUGUACUUACUCCGUUUUUUCGGUUCCCUAUUACAUCUUCCUGUGCAUUUGGCAAAAGUAUUUCGAUGCAUCUAACGUAGUCGAUCUCCUUACGUUUCUUAUCUCUCUUUACCCUGCUGUAUAUAUUUUCACUCUACGGCCUGUUUUUUG